CUAUAUAUUGAGCUAAUCUUUAUGUUAAUUAUCAGUUCACAAUUGAGACUCCAAAGAGUAACAUCAAAAUGUUCUCCAAAAUUUUGAUCCUAGCGCUGGCGGUGACAGCUUCAGUAGCUGAGGAGCAUGGCCACAACCAUGGUCAUGGCUACAGUGUGGAGGCGCUGGUGAACCACGAGGCUCCCUCGCAGGAGUACACCUACGCGUCGGCGCCGCAGUACCACCAGCAGUCGGGACAGGAGGCCAGCCACGAGCAGUACCAGCACUACCAGUCUCACGAGGAGAAGGAGCCGGCGCCGGUCUACCAAUACGUGCCAGCCUAUGAAGAGCCGCAACAGCAUUACCAAGUUCAGGAGCAGCCGCAACAACACGCGGCCAUCCAGAGCGCUCACGAGAAUGGUCAUUACGCUGCUCAGCAACACGAGCCAGCUCACCAGGAGUACGCCCAUCCCGCUCCCUCCCACGCCGCCGCUCACGCUCCGUCUCACGCCAACUCUCACGCCACCACGAGCCAGCACUUCAACCUGCAUCAGGUCCCCGCCCACCAGCAGGCCGAGCACGGACACCACGACGACGAACACCACGUCGACUAUUACGCAUACCCUAAGUACCAGUACGAGUACAAAGUGGAGGACCCGCACACCGGGGACAACAAGUUCCAGCAGGAGAGCCGCGACGGAGACGUGGUGAAGGGGGUCUACUCCCUGCACGAGGCUGACGGCUCCAUCAGGACUGUGGAGUACACUUCAGACAAACAUAAUGGUUUCAAUGCCGUAGUGAAGCAUUCGGGCCCGAGCCACUCUGUUCACAUCGAAAGCCAUCAUAAUAACUAGAAAAUAUCAGUAGAUGUUAAUAGUUAAUAGACUGAAUGUGAUAUGUAGAAUAGAAAACGUUGUUACUAUAUUUAUAAUAAACGCAGUAUUACAUUAGCUUGCUACUGUAUAA